GUGAGCGACGCGGACGGUGGCAGCGGAGGCGGUUCGGCAGGAGGCUGUGCGUCCGCAAGCGACGACGCGGGAUCGGCAUGGAAGUGAAGGAUGCCAAUUCUGCACUGCUCAGUAACUACGAGGUGUUCCAGUUACUGACUGAUCUGAAAGAGCAACGGAAGGAAAGUGGAAAGAACAAACACAGUUCUGGGCAACAGAACUUGAAUACUAUCACCUAUGAAACAUUAAAAUAUAUAUCAAAAACACCAUGCAGGCACCAGAGUCCUGAAAUUGUUAGAGAAUUUCUCACAGCAAUGAAAAGCCACAAGUUGACCAAAGCUGAAAAGCUUCAGCUGUUGAAUCACAGGCCUAUGACUGCUGUUGAGAUCCAGCUGAUGGUGGAGGAGAGUGAAGAGCGGCUCACGGAGGAGCAGAUCGAGGCUCUUCUCCACACCGUGACCAGCGUUCUGCCCGCGGGGCCGGAGGCCGAGCGGAAGAGGAACCCGGACGACGUGGCGGGGGAUGACGAGGACGCCGCGUAGAGGGGCUCGGCCGGCCUGGCCGCCUCAAGACCCUGAGAAGUCAGCAGCCGGUUCCCGGCCUCCCAGAGACUUGCUCAGGGUUUCACCCUCCGUCCCAGCCG